AUGUCUAAACGAAUCCAAUCCUUCUUUCAACCGGUUUCCAAGAAACCAAAGAUUGAAAAGGUUGAGCGCGAAGAACUCACCUGCAGCAAGCAUGCUACGUAUCCGUUCCCCAUCGCCGACCUGCCGUCGCACAUCUCCAAUCCCUUGAACGACCACCGGCCCCAACCAACGCAGUCUAUCACCGACCAACCCGACCUCAAUCUCCUCUACUUCCAACCGCUGCUGCCAUCGUCCAUAGCACGCGAUCUCUUUCAAUUCCUCCGCGCCGAACUACCCUUUUAUCGCGUGCAAUACACGAUCCGUCGCGGCGGGAUCGAGACGCAAAUCAACACGCCGCGAUUCACCACCGUUUUUGGCGUCGACGAGACCUCGCGAUUCCGCCUCCCUUCGAAUUCCCUUCAAUCCACCUCGUCGCCAGCAACACAACUUACCCACGAACUCGAGGACACGCAAAAGCAAACCCCCAUCCCGAAAACCAAAUACGCGCGCCGCCCGCGCCCCAUCCCACCGUGCCUAGACGCACUCCGCCGCGUCGUCGAAUCCGUCUCCGACGGCGCCACCUACAACUUCUGCCUCGUGAACUACUACGCGAGCGGAAACGACAGCAUCACCUACCACUCGGACGACGAGCGGUUUCUGGGCGCCGAGCCGACGAUCGCGUCGCUAUCUCUCGGCGCGAAACGGGACUUUCUGAUGAAGCACAAACCCCCGUCGACGCCGGCGAAGAGUGCAGGGCGCGACUCCCGACCGUUGAAAUUCCCGCUGGCGUCGGGCGAUAUGAUCAUCAUGAGGGGACCGACGCAGGCGAAUUGGCUGCACAGCAUUCCCAAACGGAAGGCAGAGGUGGGAGGGGUCGGGCAGGGGCGGAUUAAUAUCACGUUUCGGAAGGCGAUUGUGCCUGGGGGGACGGAUAAUUAUUAUCGCUAUAAUGUCGGGGACGGGGGCGUUUAUCGGUGGAACGAGGAGAAGGGGGAGAUGGCGUUGAUGGACGGGGAGAGGAAACACGAAGCAGAGAGUAAAGAAGGACAAUGA